AUGGUCCAACUCGCCCAUAUCUUCAAAAAGGAUAAGGACAAGGACAAGGAUAAGGCCAAAGACAGAGAGCCCCUCGACGUCUCCCCUAAACUCCCCAAGGACCAUCCCGACGCCGGUCCCUCCCCCCGGACCUCCUUCUCCGCCUCGCGCAAGUCGCCCUCCAAGUCGCCCUCCAAAUCCCCCUCCAAGUCUCCCACCAAGUCUCCCACCAAGUCCUCCUCCCCCACCAAGAACCGCUUCUCACACAGUCGGUCGUCCUCGACGUCCACUCACCCCGCCCCCUCUUUCAAAUUCGGUACCCGGUCGUCCAAGGACCAGGACUCUCAUCCUCUCAAUCUCCCGCCCGACGAGCUUCGUCGUCGACUAUCAGCCAUGGCCGACCAGCGGAGCUCCAUGGACAUCGAUCCGCAGGAGCCUCAACAGAAGCAGAAUGGCAUCAACGGCUCGCAAGGGGAACGCAGUCCGACCCCGCCGCCGCACCGCUCUAACUCCUCCGCCGAUGAAGCCGACUCGUUCAAGUUGGCCGGAAACAAAUUCUUCAAGGAUGGCGACUACCGCCGCGCCAUUGAGGAGUACAACAAGGCCAUCGAAAUUAACCCCAACUCCUCCGCUUACCUGUCCAAUCGGGCAGCCGCUCACAUGUCCGCCAAACAAUACCUGAAUGCCCUGGAGGAUAUUGAACGAGCCAACGAACUUGACCCCGAAAAUGCCAAGAUCAUGCACCGAUGGGCUAAGAUCUUGACGAACUUGGGUCGUCCCACCGAAGCGCUGGAUGUCCUGUCACGUGUGCAGCCCGCGGCGAGUGCGACCGACAAAGCCCCCGCUGAGAAGAUGCAGCGGUUCAUCUCCCAGGCGGAAGAGACGCUGGCUGAGGAUCGUGGCGGGUCCAUGGCCAUUUUCUGCUUGGACCAGGCUCGGCAAGGGCUGGGCUUUGGCGUGAAGGAGCCGCGCAAGUGGACCCUGCUGACCGCCGAGGCACAACUGAAGAUGAACAACAGCAACUCGCUGGGCAAGGCUCAGGAUCUCGCCAUCACGCUGCUGCGCGAGAACAGCCAGGACCCAGAUGCAAUGAUGAUUCGUGCCCGCGCCUACUACGCCUCCGGUGAGACCGACCAAGCGCUGAAGCUCUUGAAGAUGUGCCUCGGGCUGGACCCGGACAUGAAGCAGGCCAUCAAGCUGCUGCGGAUUGUGCAGAAGCUCAGCCGCACCAAGGAAGAAGGCAACGCCGCCUUCAAGGCCAAGGACUACCGCCGUGCCAUUGAGCUCUAUGGCCAGGCCCUCGAGGUCGACCCCACCAACAAGGAUAUGAAUGCCAAGAUUCUGCAGAACCGUGCCCAGGCUUACAUCAACCUGAAGGAGUUCGACUCGGCCGUCCAGGACUGCACUGAGGCCCUGCGUCUGGACCCUGCAUAUGUGAAGGCCAUGAAGAUGCGGGCCAAGGCGUACGGCGGUGCCGAGAACUGGGAGGAGGCUGUGCGAGACUACAAGAGCGUUGCGGAGAACAACCCCGGCGAGAAGGGUAUCCAGGAGGAUAUCCGCCGGGCGGAGUUCGAGUUGAAGAAAGCUCAGCGCAAAGAUUACUACAAGAUCCUGGGAGUCGGCAAGGAUGCCUCGGAGCAGGAGAUCAAGAAGGCCUACCGCAAGAUGGCCAUCAUUCACCACCCCGAUAAGAACCGGGAUGCCGAGAACGCCGACGAGAAGUUCAAGGAGAUUGGCGAGGCCUACGAGACUCUGAUUGAUCCUCAGAAACGUGCUGCCUACGAUAACGGAGAUGACCUGAUCGAUCCGUCCGACAUGUUUGGCGGCGGCGGCUUCGGCGGCAUGGGAGGCAUGGGCGGUAUGGGCGGUAUGGGAGGCAUGGGCGGCAUGGGUGGUAUGGGUGGCAUGAACGGCACCCACAUCAACAUCGACCCCAACAUCCUCUUUAACAUGAUGAACGGCGGCGGCGGCGGCGGCUUUGCCCAGGCUGGCGGUCACCCCUUCGGUGGCCAGGCCCGUGGCGGCUUCCCCGGCGGCUUCUCUUUCUAA